UUCACAAAUUCUUUUUAAGACUUCUCUUCAAUUUUUCCCUUCUAGUUAUGAUUGCCGCUCUAUUUUUUGUCUGCUACCUUCCCUAUCAUUUGGAACGUUUAAUAGUUAAAUACAGUGCAAAAGGCUGUACUGAACCGCAGAUGUGUCUUUGGCUUUAUCACGGUACUGGAUUGCUUCAAUAUAUUAGUGCCGCUUUGAACCCGAUAAUUUACAAUGUUAUGUCGAGACGAUUUAGAAGGGAAUUUAAACUUCUUUGCUACAGAAUUGUGAAAAAAGAAAAUGUGAUUAAAAAUCGAUCUGAUAAUAAUAAUCAUCUUAAAAUGACUCCAAUGAAUAGAUUAUUGUAA